AUGGUCGAUUAUUAUCAUUUUUACUUUUAUUUGAAUUAUUUCUUUUCUCAGACAUCUGUGCAAGAAGGUGUCCUCCUUCAUGGGAGUGUUUUUUCUGCAGUUGACAACCGAUGGCUUGGCGAGCUGAAAUUAGCGUUGGUAUACGACCAAUUACGAUUGAAUCUUGCAAAUCUUGCGGAAAUCAGUUUCUUUAACAUUAGUUUAUCACCAGAUAAGUUCCAUGAAGUGAUACUUCAGUUCAAUUAUAUAAGAAAUAUUGUUUAUCUUAGUUUAAAUUCCAAAACAAAAUGGGCAUCGUGGAAUACUGGCGAAGAACGAUAUAUAAGGAUUGGAAAUGAACUAUUUUUCUUUUCUGGAGGCAAUGAAGUUGGUCUUUCUGGUUGUUUUCGUGAAGUUUAUAUCGAUUUUUUUGAUGUAAUCGAUGGAUAUUUAAGAAAUUCGGAACUGGUGUUAGCCAGUCAUCAGUUACAAGUUUGUCAAUUUGAAAAUGUUUUCGACUCAGCUAUUGAGGCUUUGGCACAAGAAGAACCAAUAUCUCAAGAAGAAAACUUACUGGAACGUGUAUAUUCAAAGCGAUUAUGCGGCAAUAAUGAGGCGACUUUUUGCAAGAACCAUGUGGAAUGUAUCAAGAAAAAUUCGAUUCCUGUUUGCAUUUGUCGUAAAGGAUUUACGGGUCAAUAUUGCCAGUUUUCCAUAUUACCAUGGAAUUGCGAUGAUGUGCUUGCAUUUGGUGAUAAAGAACCUGGAAUAUAUAUGAUAGAUGUCGAUGGUUCUGGUCCACUUCCAGAAUCAUACUUGUACUGCGAUAAUGGCCACGCUAUUAUUCCCCACAAUAUGCCAAACAAUACUUUAAUACGAUCGAAGAAUUCUGGAAACCUUCAUCUUCAUAUCAUCUAUAAAUUUUCGGAGAAUAAAACAUGGUUCACAAGUAUAGGUGAUGUUAAAUAUUUGAGAUUAGCUGACGAUUCAGGUUCAUGCCAAUGCAAAAAUGGACAUUGCGGUUGGUGUAAUUGCGACGGACGCGAAGUAGCGACAGAUUCGGCAGUGAUGUACGGACCAUUUGUACCAAUAACCAAUAUUUUCGCAAUUCACAGUCCAAACGAUGUGAGAGGAGAAGUUACUCUUGGACCACUUAUUUGCUUUGGAAGUGUUGGUCAUUCACAUAAUUAUAUGAUUACGAUUCGCAACAGAAAAGAUUUGAUUAAUAUUGGUGAAUGGAAGGGAAAUACGCUAAGUUUUGAAUUUCGAACAUUUGAGAAUAAUGUGACCCUCAUUUCUUCAAGUGAUGGUGAAGUAUCACUGCUUUUGCAUGGAAGACAUUUAACACUCGUACUGAAUGGUGAAAAGAUGGAACUUAUGCCACAAGUCAGGUUAAACGAUGGCCGAUGGCAUCGCAUUACUAUAGAAAUUAUUGAUGGCACUGCACAUUUAUUAAUUAAUGGCAGUAAUAGAGAAGAUAUAUUUGCAGUGGUUCUAUUCAUAAAGAGUUCGAUCGCACUUGGCGGAGGAAGAGAUGGCUUUCUUGGAUGUUUCCGGCAAGUUCGAUUUAACGGAAAGUUGUUGAACAUGGAAAAUUUGUUGCAUAAUCGAACUGCUCAAAUAGAACUUGGAUGUAAGGACAAAUGUGCUUCGUAUAAAUGCGAACAUGACAGUAGAUAUAUUAACAAUGGCAGCGAAAUAAGCUUCCAUGACUCAAAAUGGGGAUUUUUGAAGAUAUUGAAUCCGUUAAUCAGUGAUGUCUUGAAGCAGCGCAUCAUCUUCAGCAUGAAAACUGAUCAGAAAGAUUCACUUUUAUUAUAUCUGCACGAUCAUUUGAAUAAUUUCAUUCAGGUAAAAUUAUUUUUUGCGCUUAGAAAUGUUAAUAUACAUUUAUCAGAUCACUCUCGUAUUGUAGUUACGCUUAAUUUCAAUAGAACGAUUAAGAAAUGUGAAGUGGUCACACGUGUUGGACUUGAAUACAGUCGCAUGCGAUGGAUUCAGAUCAUGCUGUUUCAAAAAUUUGACCGCAUUGAAUUAAAUAUCGAUGAUGAGAUUUGCGAAAUCGAAUCUGAAAGGAUACUAUCGAAUGAUUAUAUAGAGAACUUCAUUUCAAGCUUGAACUUUGACACUAUAGUGAUACCAUCUGUAUCGCCGUUCAAGACCACUGAAAGUCAGCAAUAUUCAAUUAUGUUUAUCGGUGGUGUGCCUACAGAGAAUUAUGAUGGGAGAUUAAAUCCUGUAUAUCGAAGCAACUUACCUAAUUUACUGGGUUGUGUACGAGGUCUUAUGAUCGGCGAGCGAUUGAUUGAUAUGCGCGAUCGAACCUUCUGGCCAUAUUUUAAUUAUGAAAAAGAUAUUGGUGCAAGAUUUAAUGAAAAUUCGAUUAUGCAAUUCCGAAUCGGAGAGGUACUGGACAAAGUAAUCUUCGAUUGGUCUAAAAUUGGUGAACAUUCAGUUAAUUUUGCAUUUUCGACUAAUGAUUCUGCAAAAGUGCGCCAGAUAAUGAAAAUCUAUUUUAAACAUAACAGAUUCCUGGAGAUUAUAUUAUGCAAAAAUGGCUCGCUUAAUAUCCGUAUUUCUUCAUUAGAUGCCACUUAUGUGACGACUUUUCCAUAUAAUUAUUCUGAUGCUUAUAGGCAUUUUGUACAAAUCAUUUUCAGUGCAGAAAAAUCGUUAACAGCUAUUGUGGAUUCAGUGAGUUUGACGUUUAACAGCGUUUUUGCUAGAGAAUUUUCGCUUGGAAAUUCUGUCAUAUUCUACAUUGGUGGAUUGAUCCACGAAGAUGAUCAUCAAGAACUUUCUAUAUUUGACACCAAGAAGCACAACUAUUCAGGAUGUUUGUCGAAUAUUGAUAUCAAUUUGAAUGUGGAUAAUAUGCAUUUCGAACCUAUUUCAUAUCUGUAUAAAAAGAAUGAACGUUUCGUAUCCUACUUUUCUAUUUCGGGUGAUUUCCCAGUCCUGGGACGAUGCGCUUUAUUUAGAACUCCUGGACUAUUGCCGGUAGUUCGAAAUGAUAUAAUUUCUCCUGAAUGGGAUUCUCCAUUCAUCGUUGAGCAUUUCGAAAUUGCUAAUGCAGAUCCGAGAAAAUCUGGAGAAAAUUUAAUUUGUCAGUGA